AUGGCAUCUGGAGACAUGGGAAGCAUCAUGCCUUCAUCGAACCUACCAGAUGAUGCGAAAGUAUAUAUUUGCUUCCAUUGUUUGAAAAAUGUCCUCACAGACAAUCAGCCGCUUGCAUCAAAUAAGCAAAUCACUGGAAUGACAUUUCAAUAUUGCACAAUUCAUCAUUUAGUGACCAUUGGAAUUCAUCGUGAAGUAAUUGGCAAUUGUGCAAUCACUACCAUCAUCCUAAAACAUUACCACCACAAGCAACCCCCUCCGGACUGCCACCACCACUACUGCAACCCCACCACCACCACACCAACACUACAUUAUCGACCUCAACCACCAACGACUUCAUCAAAACCGGCAUUUUUCACAACAAUGGAGAAACCCAUUAACAAUGGAGCUGGUAGCGCCAAGUGA